AUGCCUUCUCCAUCACCUCUCAUGACCCUUCCAAGGGAGCUGCACCUCUCCAUCAUCGAUCAACUCGACUUCUUUCCCUCCAGCAUGACCCUUCGCCUCGCCAACACCUACUUCUACACUCUCCUCAAACCACUCAAUUAUCAAGAAAUGCUGGCCGUAGAGAAAAGCGACUACGCUCUAUUCCACGAUGUGGUCCCGUGCCACGGGUGCAGACGUCUUCGCCCCGGGCACAAGUUCAAUGAGUAUCAGCGCCAUGUGUGCGUUCGAGGUUGCCAACACCGCGAGGAGAGGACGUGCAUCGAGUGCAACGUUCGGGCGAUCUAUGACAGUUCAGGCAAGGAGGGAGGCGGUGGCGGAGGAGGCUUGUUUCAGUGA